GGAGGGCGAGCAAGUCCCUUUAUAUACGUUUGUAUCCUUUCCUUGUAACCAGAAACGUUCUCAAUCUCCUUCCUCUUCACCCUAUUCUCUCUGAAACGCGAAAACAAAUCCUAAUCGCAAUCUCGAAUCCGAAGGGUUACAGAAAGGAUCAUCAUGUCGCACUGUUUGGUUCUGAAGCCGGCGUGCAUGGGCUGUGGAUCGCAGUCCGAUCUCUACGGAAGCUCCUGCAGGCACAUGACGCUAUGCUUGAAGUGCGGUAAAACCAUGGCUGAGAACAAAGCCAAGUGUCUCGAUUGUGGAACCGUCCUCACUCGCUUGAUUAGGGAGUAUAACGUACGUGCGGCUACACCAACGGAUAAGAACUACUUCAUUGGUAGAUUUGUGAGUGGUCUUCCCAAUUUCAAGAAAGGCUCUUCUGAGAAUAAAUGGUCUCUUCGUAAAGAUAUUCCUCAAGGUCGUCAGUUCACUGAUGCACAACGGGAGAAGUUGAAGAACAAGCCUUGGAUCCUGGAAGAUGAAACUGGCCAGUUUCAGUACCAGGGACAACUUGAAGGAUCCCAGUCUGCAACUUACUACCUCUUAGUGAUGCAGAACAAGGAGUUUGUCGCCAUUCCUGCUGGUUCUUGGUAUAACUUCAACAAGGUUGCACAGUACAAGCAACUUACACUGGAAGAAGCGGAAGAGAAGAUGAGUAAGCGUAGGAAAACUGCGGAUGGGUAUCAGAGGUGGAUGAUGAAAGAUGACAAGGAGGCAGGUGGAAGCAGUGGAGGUGGUGGAGGUGGUGGUGGUGGUGGCAGGGGUCGCAAGAAGUCUUCAGUAGGCGAGGAAGAAGAGGGUAAUGUCUCUGAUAGAGGGGAGGAAGAUGAAGAGGAGGAGGCUUCACGCAGGAGUAGACUCGGGCUUAAUAAAAAGGGUAAUGCCGACGAUGAAGAAGAAGCUCCAAGGGGUGGUGAUCUUGACAUGGAUGAUGAUGACAUUGAGAAGGGGGAUGACUGGGAGCAUGAAGAGAUUUUUACUGAUGAUGAUGAGGCAGUCGGUAAUGAUCCUGACGAACGUGAAGAUCUUCUGGCGCCUGAAAUUCCGGCUCCUCCAGAAAUAAAGCAGGACGAUGAGGAUGAAGAAAAUGAAGAAGAGGAGGGAGGAUUGAGCAAUUCUGGCAAAGAAUUAAAGAAAUUGCUCGGCAAGGCUAAUGGUUUGAAUGAGCCUGAGGAAGAAGAUGACGAUGAUGACGAUGAUGAUGAGGAGGAGACAAACUUCAAUCCAGUUACGAAUUCUAAACAGAAGGAAGCGGCCAAAGAAGAACCUGUUGAAAGCACUCCUCCAAAGCCUGCACCCCUUUCAUCUUCUCGUGGAACGCCUUCUGCAAAACCAUCAAAGGGAAAGAGGAAACUUAAUGAAGGCGAUUCUAAAAAACCCAGCGGCAGCUCUGUUCAAAAGAAAGUGAAGACCGAAAAUGAGUCGAAAUCUUCUGUGAAGGAAGAGAAAAAUAACUCAGUUUCAAAAUCAAAGGCACCAACAAAACCCGUGAAAGCUGAGCCAGCUCCAGCUAUUGCCUCAGCCUCAGCUGCUACAGGGCCUGUGACUGAAGAUGAAAUCCGAGCUGUUCUCAUGGAGAAGAAGCAAGUCACUACACAGGACCUUGUCUCCAGGUUCAAGGCAAGACUUAAGACCAAAGAGGACAAGAAUGCUUUUGCUGAUAUUCUGAGGAAGAUCUCAAAGAUACAGAAGAAUGCAGGUUCUCAGAACUUUGUCGUUUUGAGGGGGAAAUGAGACUGCACCUCUAUCUUCUGAACUAACUCUUUUGAGGGAAAACAAUGAGAAUUUUAUCUUCAAAUAUGUUAAGCAAACAUAAGAAUCUUCUCUUUUCAUGAUUUCUUUACAUAGAAUCAAGUUAAAGAACUACUUUACCAUUGGGUUCUAAUCUCUUUGCUGAGCAUCAAGAAAGUGAUUUC